GGUCAGGAUCUGUUAGCCAGAAUUGCAUUUCAUCUGCAUGACAGGAGAUUGUAAAAACAAUAAAAGUUAGAAAGAGCCACAUUGUCAGCACAUAUAAUCAAGAUAUUUUACUCGUAUAAAUUUAUAUAGUCAGAUGUGCACAGUGUUAUUUAUUUAAGAUUACUUAUCGACAAAUUUACUUUUGAGAAUGAGAUAGGCAUGCUUUUGCGCAUUCUUAGUGGUUGCAAUGAUCACCAUUGGAAAUAUUAUGUCGAAAGAAAAUGACAUCAACGAAAGUUUAGUUUUUUUUGGAUUUCAAGGCCUUUAUUUAACACUAACCAAAACAAGACAUACUAAAAGGCUGAUGUAGAAGGAGAGACGCAUGGCUAGUGUUUUAUAUCUCAGAAAAAAACAAAAGACAAGAAAAUUUAUGCUCAUAUUAGAGUUGGUGUUUAAUUGAUUGUUGACUAUAAUAUAUCAAAUACUUGUCUAUUGUAAUGUUUACAUGGCCAAUGCAGAUAUUUUUUAAACUCGGAUAAAUAUUUUUGUCAAUGUUUGGAUGGCUAUUCUGGAAUUUUAUGUACAAUUAAGAAUUCUUGUGAUUAUUCAUCAGGUUCGAUCUGUAUUGGAGUUGUUCAAAAUCGAUCGAUAUGUAUUUGUCCUAAUGGUACAUUUGGACCACGUUGUUAUCUAACAAGUACUGUGUGCACUUCGAAUCCUUGUUUGAAUACUGGUCAAUGUGUUGCUGAUGAAAAAUUUCCUGAAACUAAAUACUAUUGUCUUUGUCCCGAAGGUUUCAUGGAUUCUAAAUGUGAAAAACAACAGACUAAAAUUGAAUUAUUUUUUUCAGAAACAAUACGACCUGCCCAAGAGUGA